GACAACUGAAAAAAUGGCAGAUAAGGACGAGCAAGAAGCUGCAUCCGAGCCUCGAAGUCACCGCUGUGAGGAUUGUGGGAAAUCCUUCGUACAGAAAUGCAACUUAACAAGACACCGGCGACAAAACUGUAUCAAAACAAGAGAAACCGCAAACCAGGUGACUUCUGAACAGGAUAAAUCGUUUAUAUGCGAGCAAUGCGGAAAAUCCUUCUCCAGGAAAGGAGAUCUGAAAUCACACAUGCUGAGUCACUCGGAGGAGAGACCAUACGGAUGCAGCAAAUGCGAGAAAAGCUUCAAGCAGCUGGCGAGACUACAGCAACAUGAGCGCAUUCACACGGGAGAGAAACCGUAUGGAUGCUCGCUUUGUCCGAAACGAUUCAGGAUCCGAGAGUCGUUGGCGGCGCAUAAAUUAACUCAUUCUGGAGAGAAACCAUACAAAUGCAUCAUCUGUUCCAAAGCCUUUAGUGAGAGGAGUAAUCUGAAGAAGCACAGCAGGAUUCACACUGGGGAGAAACCGUUCUGCUGCUCUCAAUGCGGGAAAAGAUGCCGACACCUUCAGCAUCUUGUUUCACACGUGCGAAGCCACACGGGUGAGAAACCGUACAAAUGUGACAAGUGCGGGAAAAGUUACGGUCAUUCGUCGGCGCUGAAGAAACACCAGAUCGCUCACGAAGAGAAACAAAAACGCUCCUCCCUAUUAUGUGUGGAUUCAACUCUGUGCGUCGAGACAUCGAAGAAACCACAUCGCUGCACAACGUGCGGGAAGUGCUUUUCCCAGAGGGUGGCCCUAAAGAAUCACCUGUUAGUUCACGCCGGGUUGAAACCCUACGGAUGUAACUGCUGCGGGAAGACAUUUGCCGACAAGAGCAACCUCGCCAAGCACAAACGCAUUCACACCGGAGAGAAACCCUUUGAGUGCGACGUCUGUAAGAAACGUUUCAGGCUCCAUCAGCACCAAACAAGCCACCAGCUGACUCACCAGAAAGAAACUCUGGAUAAAAAACCUUAAGAAAAAUAUCUCUGUUCAGAAGAUACAAUUUUAACUGUCACCAGUGGUGGAAAGUGCAUUUACUUGAGUAUAAUAAUUAGUUAUGUGAAGUUUUCUUUAUAUUGAUGCAACUUUAUUCUUCUUCUCCACUACAGUUCAGAGGGAAAUACUGUACAUUAGCUUCACUAUAUUCAUUGGAUGACUAUAGUUAAUUUACAUAUUAAAAAACCGGAGGAUAGGAAUUACAAUAAACUUUUAUACAAUAGAUUAAACCCCCUAAAAUUACUCUAUUACAGUCAGUCAAACAUUAAAGAUAAUUUUAAAUAUUAUUUGCUUAAUAAUAAUAAUAAUAAUCUUAUAUUGAAUAUGUUACAACUAAAGUACAUUUUCCUGAUUAUAUUAACAUUUACUUACAAAAUUGUUAUUUCUUUUAUCAUGGAGUAAUACUUAUUUUCACCACUGGGUGUCCCACUUGUAUAACGUUAAACUUUACUUUAACUUAUAUACAAAUGUGACAGUUCUGUUGCUUUCUAUUGAGAAACAGUGAAAUAUCCAAUAAUGCAUUGUAGUCCCAUCUGUAUAAUGUGAGUCAUACAUAUACCUCCAUAGUUCUCUAAAUACUUUUACAUUACAUUACAUGUCACUUGUUAGACGCUUUUUUUAUCCAAAGAGACUUACAUACUCAAUAUU